AUGUCUGGCCAUCCCGCUACCGCUACCGCCGCCGGCCCGGCGAAGGUGAGCUCUGCGACUCCUGCCCCCCAACAUCGCCAGACGUUCGAGUUCCAGUGCAAGGUUUGCCAAGACGUGGGCACGCGCUGCGUAUCCUUACCGUCUUCGCCGAAUCUACCACUCUGCGAAGCUUGUCACAACGCCGGCAACUUCUGCACGGGAAUUACCGAUCGCGUAGACAAGGGCCCACUACGGCAGCUGGAGGGCUUGCUGUACGUGGACCUGGUUUCCGUCGACCGUCUGGACCUUGGGGUUCAAACCGAACCCGCGGGCACCAACGUGCCGACCUCCGUCUCCGUCGCAGUGCAACAGACGAUUCGACAGUUUCGAACGUUCGAACUUUGGGCGGAGGGCAUCGUCGCGGCCACGGUCCGGCUUCUGGUCACACACGCGAGGGGAACGAACAGCGUGAUCUCGAAAUGGAGACAGGGGUGGGAGCCGUUGAUGGGGCAUUUGGAAGAUGGUAUCAGCGGCGCGCUGAGGCAACGCGCCGCGGAUGCGUCGGGGUUGGAUACAUCCUCCGGGUCCGAAGCCCUCUUCGCGGCCUCGGACCUGGUCGAAAUAGACGGGCUAUCGCGCCGCCUCAGGAACAUAGAGCAGCGGAUAAUGGAGGACGACGACAGGGAAAUAGAACAAGCGGAACUGGUUAGGGUUAGGGUUAGGGUUAGGGUUAGUUAG